CCAUUUUGCCGCGCGUGCCCUAAAACACCAUUUUGCCGCGCUCGUGAAGCGGUGAUGCUACAGUAACAUCAUUUUGUCAGAGACUGAAACCAGCUGUAUUCACGAUCAACGGCGUAUAAUCACCCAUCCAAUCCCUCCCCGCACAAAGUCAUAAAAUUUAACGGCUCACAUUCACCCUAUGAUUUUACACGCGUCAAUAUGCUAGUGUCCCCUCGAUAUAAUACAAUUUUAUUCAGAUGCUUUCAUCACUUUUCCUUUCCUUUACUCCCGUCUGCUGAGUAGUCUCUUCCGUCAGUUCCUUUGUUUUUUUUUUCCCCCUUUUUUCCUAUAAAAAAGGUCUGAGCUUUGUAUCUGUAAAAGGAUAUUUUGGUCAUUUAAACAACUGUUAUCGUUAAUAAUGGCAGAUAGUUAGGGUUUAGAGAGGAGUUAGAGAGAAAUGGAGAACUCACGGGAGGUCAAAUGUAGCUCCUCCACAUUGCAAUCACAAGAAGCUCGAGAUCAGACGGGGAGGAAUCCAGGUCAAUAUUUUAUUUCACAUGCUGGACAAGACCUGAGAACGCAAGUACAUGGAAGGAUGCUGGAUCCCACAUUUCCCCUAAGUCCCUGCAGCUCAAGCCAUGCUGACCUAGGCAAUUCAUUUCUAGCUCUCCUAUCUGGGCCUGCAUCUCUUUUACAGUUUGAUUUCCAGGAAUUCUCAAAUUCUAAACCACUCAAUACCUCUAUUAAACUGCCUAUUGAAAGCAGUAUAGCUGUUAGUCCUACUGGAAGUCAGAUUCCACCUACAUCUAGUUGGAAACCAUCAGAAAAUGGAAGCUAUCAAAACAUGCAAAGUGGAGCUGAUCUUUGCCCACUUAUUUCAUCAAGAGCAACUACUACUUCCAAUUUUGGUAGCAAUUCUGUAUUUCCAAAUGGUCUUCCAGCUGCAAGCAUUAGUCUUCAGGGUUCAGACCUGGCUAAAACAGUUCUUCAUGAUGCAGUUCUUGGUAAUGAGAAAUUAAAAGAUUUUACUUAUCUGAGAGGGGAGCUGCAUAACAUAUCCGACGCAAAUGCCAUAAAACUCCAGAAUGUGAACAAUCAAAUGCCACAAAAGUUGCCACUAGCAGCAGAGUCUUCUGCUUCGAUUAAUUCAUCUAGAUUUCCUAGCGGAUGCCCGCGUGUUUUUUGCAUGGAUAGGAGUGGAGAUUUACUACUCAGCAAUACAGGACUUCUUGGCAUUCUUUGCUCAUGUCAUUGCUUCCACAUGUCUGUCUCCAAAUUCUGUGAGCAUUCGGGUUUAUGGAAUAUUAAUCCUGGUGAUGCUAUUCAUAUGGACAGUGGAGAGACAAUUGCUCAGUGGCGCAAGCUAUACUUCCAGAAAUUUGGGAUUAGGGUUCCAGAAGAUCAGAGUGGGUGGGACUGGCCUGAAGGAUUACCAUUGGCUGCUAGUUUAAUGAGAUCUGGUGUGUCUAUGUCCAGCAUGCCCAAGAAAACUGCCUGCAUUAAUUUGGUUGCCCCAUCUGAAGCUUUAGCAAGGUCUGGACGACCUUUAAGUGAUGCUGUUGUAAAGAACUUUCUUGCAGACCAAAAUCCAGUUAUUGAUGCUUUACAUGAUGAACAACAGAGAAAUGGUCAGGACGGUAACAAAUUUUAUCUCAAAGGUUUAGUAGGCACUUCGCUAAGCAAUUCAUGCAGUGUGGGGGAUAACCAUGUGACUGAUUGCUCUAUCUCUAGGUGCUCGACAAUGCCUAAUUUUGCUGGCAGAGGACCAGAAAAUGUAUGUCAGUCCAUGUAUAUUGAUGCUAUUUUGAAGAGUGGAAGUUUGGCAACUGCCCACCCUGCCUUGCAAAAUUGUAGAGCCCUUGUUAAAAGUUCUGAUGUUGGCAGAGGUAAAGAUGCACAGGAUGGUGCUACAAUGGAAAAGGAUGGCUCUCCCUCGAGCAUAGAGUUGAAGCUUGGGCAACCCUAUCAGCACGGUCAAUCUCCAGGAAAUCCAGUUCUACCAGUAAUAGGGCCACAGUUCUAUAACACACUUGUCAGUCCACAUAAGCCAUUUUCCCAAGAGCAGCUGAUUAAUAAUGUCAGUUGCCAGGGAGAAGAGGAAUCAAGACGAUGUCUUCCCCAUGCUGCUCACCUGUCUGAUUCCACCAUAAGAAGGAAACAAGACCACUUGAGAUAUGGGAACAGUGGAAACGAUAGAACUGUAGAUUCUACUGAACUAGAGAAACUUAAUAUGGCUAAGCCUUCAGUGGUUUCGCUAUUCAAACACUACGCUUUGCCUGAGGGGACCCCACAUUCUAAAGCUACUAAUAGUUUUGAGUAUGUUAUGUCUGAGAGAAGACACUGCGAAUCUCAUGCUGUCAAAUUUGACUCUAAUAAUUUUUCCUGGAAUGGUGGCAAUAGUUUGGAUGAGCAGUGUAUUGUCCCUGAGUCAGUUUUUCUCAAACCUGCUGACAAUGGUAAAGAAGUGGGAUGUCUUGCUAAUAGCUCUUAUAUCAAAAAGGCUUCAGGAUCUAAUAUGCAGAAGUGGAUGGGAAAUCCAAGCUCAUACACUAGAGCUAUGAAUGAUGCCACUUAUUCUAACUUUUCAUUUAUGCAUGACAAAAACCGUAAUCUAUAUCACUCAUCUAAUGUGCCACCAGAUGUAUCUGAUGCUGCAAACUUCUCCGUCUAUCUUCAGAAGGGUCCUUGUUUUGGAAAUGGUGGACUUCUAGAUCAUGCUGUCCUUACAUCCAUGGAUUCUAGGCAAAUUUUGUCAUCACAGUCAGUUCCAAAAGUUUCUCCCUCAUCUACUUCAACCUGCAUUCCUGGGCUGACUCUAGCAAUGCUGAACCGAGAGAGCAUUUGCAUGGGACCUUAUUUGCUUGAUGACAAUCAAAAAUUACUUGCACUGGGUCAGUUAUUAGACUUAUCAAAGCAACAGCAUGCAAUGUCUUCCUUUGGAAGGAAGAUAGAACAAGGCAACUGUAGUAAUUCCUCUAAUAUUAAAGCACAGCAUUCUUUUGUUGAACCGUCAGUGUCUGAAGAACAAACGCAUGUGCAUGACCUCACCAGGAAACAAGAAGUUUCUGAAGUUGUGAUGAAACUAGACCAACCUUGUCCUCCUAGUAAGACAGUUGAUGAUGUUGACAAAUCCACAUCUGGGACAGGUUUGAACAGGUUGUGCAAUUUCUCAACAUUCACACAAGGUAUGCCUUUUCAGUUUAAAGAAUUUGGCAUGCAGUGUCAGCUUUCUCACAGUGCUCUUCAAAAGGAGCAGUCAUUGAGGCUUGAUAGAUGUCAAAACAACAUCAUUUGGUCAAAUGAGCAUGAAACCUGCUGUCAGAGAACACUUUGUUUUCAGUAUAACUGUACCUGUGCUGCCCAGACAAAAUGUAUAGAAGGAAAUUGUAAUUUAAGAGGUGGAAAGCCUAAUCCCCUGAGAGAACAAAAUGGAAGUAUGAGUUGUAAAACCCCUAUGUUAAUUGCUUCACAACUUGCUAAAGAUCACAUGGCUUCAAAAGUAAAUGCAAUUUCCUUUGAUCAAUGUGGAAUGUUGAAGGGGGAGCUACCUAAGAACGCUACUUUUCAUACUUCACAGUGGAAAGAUGUGCCAAGAAAGUUAAAAAGGGUUUGUGAAGUGGCAUGUGCAAAACAAUCAGCAGAUACAUCACUUAAAAGAGAAUAUAAAUUAGGUCAGCUUGGAGAUAAUGCUGCAAACUGUUUUGACGGAGCAGUUGCUGCAGCAGCCUCUUUCAAAGAACAAGACAUGUCUAAUAUAUCUUCUGGUUGCUCUACCCCUGCUGUUACUCAGGCAUCCACUGAAUUUACCAAUGUGGAGUCUUCAACUGUUGUUGGGAAUUCUGGAUGCAUUAAUAAUCUUGUAGUUGAUGAAGGGUCAGGCAUUGAUAAAUGCUGGUCGUCAGAUGAUGCCUUUGAAAGUGACAGAAGUGCUGACUUCCAUGGCUCCACUUGUAAGAAAAACCUUGUAUAUAUGGGAUCUCAUAAUACUGCUGUUAACAAAUCAUCUCGUAGUCUUCUUGAUGAGGUUAAGCUCAUGGAUUCCUUGACAUGGAAGAAAGGCCAAAAUCAAAAACAUAAUGGGAUUACUGUCCAUGGGAAAAACAAUCACUCACAAGAGUUUGAUAGAGGCCUGAAAACUGGGAAGAGAAAGAGAGAAAUAAUACCAAAGGUGUCAGAUGCACCAUUAGGCACUGCAGCUCCUAUGCUCCAUGGUAAAUAUCCCGAGUAUGGUGGGACUGCCGAUUGGCCCUGUUUAUCUGAAAAUGUGCAAAUGGUUUCAGCUGGCCAAGAAUCAUCUCAGACUUCUGGUGCUCACUGUGUUAAAGCAAAUCCCAAAGAUGGAAAUUGUAUGCAAUCUGUCAGCAAAUCACUAUCUCGUAAUAGAGAUCUUCACAGGCUUUACAAUGCGGGAGAUGGAGAAGCUAAUCCUCACAAUGACAUAAAUCAUGAUGAUAAUUCUUGUGAAGUCCUUGAGAUCUUAGGCAGAAAGAAAUUCAGAAGCAUUCAUGCUGCUGAUCUUAGUAUUCAGUUUCAGAGGCAAGAUUGUACCCAGGCAGUUGGUGAGAAAGCUGGGAAGUAUGACUCACUGGAUCGUAUCAAGGCAUCUUCAGCUCAGCAUCUUUGUCAUGGGAAAGCAAAACCUGUUGCAUGUGGUAAGUAUGGCGAAAUAGUUAACGGUAACUUGAAUGGAGACGUAUCAAAGCCAGCUAAAAUUGUCUCUCUUGAUAAAGUUCUUAAAACUGCACAAAAAUGUUCACUUCCUAAAAUCUGUAAACCUGGACUAACUUCCUCAAAGGAGAUAGGAACUAACUUUAGUUGGAGUAAUGCAUGCUUUGGUAAAUUCUCCAACUUGACGAAAGAGAAAGAACAUGGGAGGAAUGUUGCUUUGUUAUGCAAGGACAUGAAUGUUCGCACUUCUCUGGAAAAAAGAAGCAAUUCUUUUGCCAAUUAUGACGAGCAAUCUGCUGAUGAGGUUUCAAUGCUAGAGAAGAGUGAAGGUAAAAAUGGGAGAGGUUGUGUAAUACUGGACACCAUUGCUCAUGCUCAGUCAAGAUCGAAGUAUAGGGAAACUCGCAAGCGUAGCCUUUAUGAGUUGACACUAAAAGGAAAGAGUUCUAGUCCUAAAAUGGUUUCCAGAAAGAAGAAUUUCAAAUAUGUGCCAAAAAUGAAGCUGGGAAAGACAUUGAGGAAUUCUGAAAAAAGUCACGAUAAUGGAUCACAGAAAGUGGAUCCCAAAAGAUGUGCUAGAGAACAAAAGCACCUAUCAAUCACAGAUAUGGAUUCAUUCUGCAGUGUUUGUAGAAGCUCAAAUAAAGAUGAAGUUAAUUGCUUAUUGGAGUGUAGGCGAUGUUCAAUCAGAGUACAUCAGGCUUGCUAUGGUGUUUCCAGAGUGCCUAAAGGCCACUGGUAUUGCAGACCUUGCAGGACAAGUGCAAAAGAUAUUGUCUGUGUUCUAUGUGGUUAUGGUGGUGGAGCUAUGACUCUUGCGCUUCGAAGUCGCACAAUUGUGAAAGGCCUUUUAAAAGCUUGGAAUCUUGAAAUAGAGAGUGUGGCUAAAAAUGCAAUUUCUUCACCUGAAAUUCUGCAUCAUGAAAUGAGCAUGCUGCAUAGCUCAGGACCUGGACCUGAAAAUAGGUCAUACCCUGUUCUAAGACCUGUAAACAUUGAGCCAUCAACUUCAACUGUUUGCAACAAGGAUGUGCAGAAUCAUUUGGAUAUAUUACCAAACUCCUUGGGCCAUCUUAGUAAUCUAAAAGUGAAUAACAGCAUUACAGCUGGAGUACUUGAUUCAACAGUUAAGCAGUGGGUUCACAUGGUUUGUGGCCUUUGGACUCCUGGGACACGAUGUCCAAAUGUGAAUACCAUGAGUGCUUUUGAUGUCUCAGGUGCUUCGUGUCCUAGAGCAAAUGUGGUAUGCUCUAUAUGUGAUAGACCAGGUGGUUCAUGCAUACAGUGCAGGGUUGCAAAUUGCUCUAUUCAGUUCCAUCCUUGGUGUGCUCAUCAGAAGGGACUACUGCAAAGUGAAGCUGAAGGUGUUGAUAAUGAAAAUGUUGGCUUUUAUGGAAGAUGUGUGCUUCAUGCAACAUACCCAACAAUUGAAUCUGCCUGUGAUUCUGCCAUCUUUGAAGCAGGUUAUCCAGCAGAAAAAGAAGUAAGCUGUGCUAGGACUGAGGGCUAUAAGGGCCGCAAACGGGAUGGCUUCUGGCAUAAUACUAACAGUCAAUCAAAAGGAAAGAGUGGAUGCCUUGUUCCUCAGGAGCAGUUUGAUGCUUGGGUUCACAUUAACGGGCAGAAGUCCUGUGCACAGGGGAUUUUGAAGCUGCCAAUGUCAGAAAAGGAGUAUGAUUGUCGGAAAGAAUAUACCCGCUACAAACAAGGAAAAGCUUGGAAACAUUUGGUUGUUUAUAAGUCUGGCAUACACGCCCUUGGCCUUUACACUGCUCGAUUUAUUUCUCGUGGAGAAAUGGUGGUUGAGUAUGUUGGUGAGAUUGUUGGGCUACGGGUAGCUGAUAAAAGAGAAAAUGAGUACCAGUCUGGCAGAAAACUUCAGUACAAAAGUGCUUGUUACUUCUUCAGGAUAGAUAAAGAGAAUAUUAUUGAUGCAACCCAUAAAGGCGGAAUUGCUCGCUUUGUCAAUCAUUCGUGCUUGCCAAACUGUGUGGCCAAAGUUAUUUCCGUGAGGAACGACAAGAAGGUUGUCUUUUUUGCUGAGAGAGACAUAUAUCCUGGGGAAGAAAUAACAUAUGACUACCAUUUUAACCAUGAAGAUGAAGGUAAGAAGAUACCCUGCUUUUGUAAUUCAAAGAAUUGCAGGCGCUAUUUGAAUUGAUAGCUCUUUCCAUUGCUUGUAAAUACAUCAUUUUUGUAAAGACUAACAAGCCCACUUUGGCCUCUGUCAAAAUUAUGAAAUGUGAUCAGUUCAAAAGUUCUGGAA